AUAUAUACCCAACUUUCAUCUCCAUCACCUCUUCUCUACCAUAUGCAUUCAUUUCUUUUGCUUGGUUUCAUCAUCUUCAGAGAUGGGGAUUAAGGAGUUGUUUGUCAGUUUGAUGUUAUCAUAUGGAUCAUUUGGAUACGUAUUCUGCGCUCUCCCUAGAAAGCCUGUAGACGUGCCCUUUCAGAAGAACUAUGUGACCACAUGGGCUGCCGACCACAUUAGGUACAUCCAUGGCGGUUCCCGGGUUCAGCUCGUCCUCGACAAACACAGUGGAACUGGAUUUCAAUCAAGAAGCUCCUACUUGUUUGGGCAUUUCAGUAUGAGAAUAAAGAUGGUUGCAGGCGAUUCUGCCGGUAUUGUCACCGCCUUCUAUCUUUCGUCACAGAGCACAGAACAUGACGAGAUAGACUUCGAGUUCUUAGGGAACAGGACGGGGCAGCCCCACAUUUUGCAGACAAAUGUGUUUACCGGAGGGAAAGGAGACAGAGAGCAGAGGAUCUAUCUGUGGUUUGAUCCAACCAAGCACUUCCAUACCUACUCCGUCCUGUGGAAUAUGUAUCACAUUGUCUUCUUUGUGGACAACGUGCCCAUAAGGAUAUUCAAGAACAGCAAGGAUCUGGGUGUGAGGUACCCUUUCAAUCAACCAAUGAAGAUCUACUCAAGCCUGUGGAAUGCUGAUGACUGGGCUACGAGAGGAGGAUUGGAGAAAACUGAUUGGAGCAAAGCUCCCUUUGUUGCUUCCUACUCAUCUUUCCACGUGGACGGCUGUGAUGCUUCUUCACCCCGUUCCCUGUGGGUGUGUAACACCAGGGGAAGGAGUUGGUGGGACCAGAAAGCCUUCAGGGACCUGGACGGCCAACAAUACAGGAGACUUAAGUGGGUCCGCAGGAAAUACACUAUAUAUAACUAUUGUACCGAUAGAUCAAGGUACCCUAAUGUCCCUCCCGAGUGUGCUAGAAACAGAGACAUCUAAAUCAUAGAGGAAAGGAGAUUAUGUCGUGUGUGUUAUGAUUGUAGCUAGUCAACUGUUAUCUGCUGUAUGCUUAUAUUAUAUUCAAUCUAGUACAUACAAUUAUAUAAUUA